UUCGAAAUUUCGCGAACGACAACUCUGCACUAAUUUCCGCCAUUGCCGGAAUAUUUGGAAAUAAAAUAUUACAAAAAGAAAACGUAAUUAUUAUUCCAUGGCUGGUUUACCUAGAAGAAUUAUAAAGGAGACGCAACGGCUCAUGCAGGAGCCAGUACCUGGGAUUCAAGCCAGACCUGACGAAUCUAAUGCUAGAUAUUUCCAUGUAAUUGUCAAUGGACCUGCUGAGUCACCGUAUGAAAAUGGUACAUUCAAAUUAGAACUAUUUCUACCUGAGGAAUAUCCAAUGUCUGCGCCAAAAGUGAGAUUCAUGACUAAAAUCUACCAUCCUAAUAUUGAUAAAUUAGGCAGAAUAUGUUUAGAUAUAUUAAAAGAUAAAUGGAGUCCAGCUUUACAAAUAAGAACUGUAUUAUUAUCUAUACAAGCAUUACUUAGUGCACCUAAUCCAGAUGAUCCCCUAGCUAAUGACGUUGCAGAACAAUGGAAAAACAACGAAGCUAAAGCAAUACAAACAGCUAAGGAAUGGACAGAACAGUAUGCUAGGAAUUAAUAAGGCCUCCACUAGACGCUCCAUUCUUGUGAUUUCUCAUCUCUCAUAGUCAUCGUUCAUCAUCGUUGCCAUGGCAACUAGCUCAUUGAUGCAUUUUUAAAUGUCACAUGAUGUUCACAGAAAUUUUUGACCUCUUACUUUAAAUAGUGUGUCCCCAGAAGAGCUGGGUCUUUUUUCUGCCAUUGGUAUUCCGUAAUGGCUCUAUAAAGGUCUAUUUAAAAAACAACAAAUAAACACCUGUUUCGAUGAUGAUUCAUUUCGUGUUGACAGUUUUCGAUAUUUUUGUCUGCACACUUGCUGAAAAUCUUUUUUUUCUAAUGCGUACUGUUAAGGUUAUGAAGUACUUUAAAUAAUAUAGAACAUACAUUUUUGAUAAGUCUUAAGGGGAAUUACUAGACAUUUGCUUUGCACCACUUGGAUUGAAUUUAUUACUGUUUGUAGAUGUAAUUUCAAGAUGAAAUCUUUACAGAUGCAUUGGCUCUUAGUUUUAAUGGUAUCAUCAUAUGAAAUGUUCAUUUUAAAGUUGAUAAAUAAUUUAAACACGAUUGGCAUCAGAUAGUGUACUCAGAUUUUCACCAGAGCAUUAUUAUUGAAAAAAAUCUACCUUAUUUACAUUAUUGUUAUUAUUUAUAGUGUAUCAAAAGGCCGUCUGUGUAAAUGGAUAUUGAUCAUUUUAAGGUCACAUUCACAUAAGCAUUUUCAACAGAAUAAAGUAAACAUAUUCAAUAUAUUAAACAACUGAAAAUAAAUAGAGGAUAUUGAAUGAGUGUAAGUUCAAUACUGAAUUUAUUGCACAAGUUGAAUAAAGUUAUAUUAUGCGAGCCUCUGGGGAGCAUUAUAUUAUUUUAUUUAACAAGUUCAAUAAAUUCAGUAAUGAACUUACACGAAUUUAAUAUUCUAUUUAUCACAUAACCCAAAAUAAAGACCAUUUAAAGUAAAUAUAAGAGUAUUUUUUCAUUGUCAUGCCUAUAGAAUAACGCUAAAUGUUAGCGCGUCUUUACACUAUGUUUGUAUAACGCUAAUGACGUCACGUCAAAAUAUAUGCACGGCCGUGCAAUACCAUUUUUACAGAGUCACAAAAUCGGCACAGGUGUGUGAUAAACAUUUUUAAGUUUUUUCGCAAAACUAGAGGAUCAGAGGUCAAGGUCAUAGAGGUAGCGUGUUAUUGGUUCAGUUUCACUUAUGCACUUAACUUUAACCAAUCAACUGCCGAAAUUCAAGGAAUGAAAGUUAUACAAUAAAGCAGGAACCAGUCACGGAAAUCUGCUUUUUCAUUGGAUAAUUUUAAGUGUAAAGUUUAAAAUAAGCCAGUCAAAAUGCUGAUAUUUAUAUACUGGAUAUUUAUUUAAGACUUCUUGAAAUUCGAAUUUUGCAACUGUGGUUCCCUGCAUUAUUUUAGGCUGUCACAUUUUUUAUUUUUCAUUGAUAUAAAAAAAAAGGCAACAUUUCAGUCAUUGAACACAUAAAGCCAUUUUGGAAGAACAAGCGUCAAAAUGUAUGAAGACAUUUGUUAGAAUUGUAUGCUUAGGUCUGUAUGAAGAGAUUUUUGUCAGAUAUGUUAUAUUAUCCGUACAGGCUAUGCUAACAUUCAUUGUCAAGCCACUUUCAUCUAGAACAUACAGUAUGUUUGUUGCAGUGUUUACACCAUUUAUAUAAAUAUAAAAAAUACUUACAUUACAGAAAAAGAAAUAUUUUACUCACAGGAUUACUCAGUUAAAAGUCUCCAUUAUCCUUUUCUUUUAACUGUAAUUUUUUGGAUCAAGUUAUGUGUGAUAACAUAAUAUAAUAUAUGAAAUAUAUAUAAUUUAUGAUAGAAGUUAGCUGUUUUUGUUCAAAUAUGUGUAAUAACAGCAUAGUUAGAUAGUAAAGAGUCGGGGUCUUUUUACCAGAAAGUUAUCCUUAUUACAUAGAUCACAUAUUUGUACAGAAAUUGCUGUUUUAUGAGUAACUUUGGUAAUAAAAUAUAAACAUUUAUAUUUUGUAAAUAGGUAAAAGGGUGAAAGUCUAGGGAUUGUUUCAGAAACCUGUUUACUUUCCACAUAAAACUGUUCACUGAAACAUUUUCACGAUUUUUCUAAAAUGUCAAACUGUCACCCAUGCAGACAUUACAAAAUGAAAGUUGUUAUGAAAUAUGAUAGAUAAUAUUGUUGUAUACCAAUUUUAUACUCGUAACUUACAUUAGUUGCUUCUUUUGAAUUGUACCACUUUACUGUCCGAAGAAUUUCCUGUAUUGGACACAGAAGUAUCCAAUAUUUUCUUUCGAGGACAGGUUAGUGCAAAUGACCUUAACCAUUUACUGUCAAGAAAAAAAGGUUUUUGCAACUGCUAAAUGACACAUUAAAAUUGUCUUGAAAAACAAAACUGAUGUUUCUUAUUAGAAUAUUUAAGUAAGACACACAUUUUUUUUUUUUCUAAAAAAAAUUUGGAUAUAGAAUGAACAAAUAUUUAAUAUUGUUGUGUACAAUACAGGAUGUGUCUGGCAACUGCCAUGUAUCUUCAGCUAAGUAUACUCCAGUGUUAUAUUGUACAGUUCAAUGUUAAUUCUUAAUCUGCUGAAACUGAUAGUGAUAAUCACAGCCCAUGAACUCAUAGUGAUAAUCACAGCCCAUGAAACUGAUAGCGGUAAUCACAGCCCAUGAACUCAUAGUGAUAAUCACAGUAAUUGCAGUCCAUGAAACUGAUAGUGAUAAUCACAGCCCAUGAACUGAUAGUGAUAAUCACAGUAAUUACAGCCCAUGAAACUGAUAGUGAUAAUCACAGCCCAUGAACUCAUAGUGAUAAUCACAGUCAUUGCAGUCCAUGAAACUGAUAGUGAUAAUCACAGCCCAUGAACUCAUAGUGAUAAUCACAGUAAUUGCAGUCCAUGAAACUGAUAGUGAUAAUCAUGGCCCAUAAAACUGAUAGUGAUAAUCACAGCCCAUGAACUCAUAGUGAUAAUCACAGUAAUUACAGCCCAUGAAACUGAAAGUGACAGUCACAGCCCAUGAAACUGUCAGUGAUAAUCAUGGUCCAUGAAACUGAUAGUGAUAAUCACAGUAAUUACAGCCCAUGAAACUGAUAGUGACAGUCACAGCCCAUGAAACUGUCAGUGAUAAUCAUGGUCCAUGAAACUGAUAGUGAUAAUCACAGUAAUUACAGCCCAUGAAACUGAUAGUGAUAAUCACAGUCCAUGAAAUUUACAGUAAUAUUCACAGUGAUCACAGCCCAUGAAACUGAUAGUGAUGAUCACAGUCCGUAAAACUGAUAGUGGUCAUCAUAGCCCACAGUACAGAGUCAUGCCAGGUUGCACAUCUAUAUAGUCUGUCCAUACUCUUUAACUGUGCAAGAAGUAGUGUAAUUUUGUUUUUCAAUAUUAAAAUCUCUUAUAAUGUAGAAUGGAUUGUUAAAUAUUCAGAGUCCUGCAAAUCAUUAGUCAAAUUCAGCAGGUUAAGGGUCAAAUUACUUAUAAAUAUUGUACUCUGUUAUAAUUUUUACUGUUUUCAAAUAAAAAAAUACGUGUAAUGUAUCUUCACAUACGAUGUUUUACUAUUUAAUUAUGUAUUUACCAGUGUACAAUAAUUUGUUUUCGUAUUAGAAAAUUAUUGAAUGCCAGUUGAUCUGCUUUGCAAAAGAAUCGGUCUUUUAGUAAAUUACUUGGCCGAGUUGAAUUAUUUAUUAUAUGUGGUUGUUGAAUGAAGGCGAAAGCUGGUAGUUUAAAGCUUAAA